AUGGAAUUAUCUGACGCGAUUGAGGUGUCUCGAGUGAACAAUGUCUUUAUGCGAACAGGACCUCGUGCAUCACAAGUUGGCUCGUUAGUAUUGCUAGGUCAUCAUUUAAUAUUUUCUCCCAAUAACCAAUCACCUUCACUGAAUAAGAAUGAGGAAGAAUUGUGGCUUCUUCAUCGCGCUGUUGAUCGAGCCUGCAUUGAGCCCCUCGUCAAGGACCAGCCUUCCAGAGGUGGCCUUUUGUCUCUCAUGUGUAAAAACUUCAUGAUAAUCACUUUUGAGAUAUCGAUCUGGGAAGAUUGCCAAGCAGCAGCACGAUCAAUCGAGACACUAUCUAAUAUCAAUGGUUGUUCUCAUGACUACCCAUUCUAUUAUCGAUGUCCAUUUCAAGUUUUGGAUGAUGGUUGGAAGGCAUUCGACUCUAGCGAGGAAUUCGCUCGUCUGAUUGUGCGCUGUGGUGACGAAUUUCGCAUCAGUAACGUCAAUGAGGGAUUUCAAGUUUGCCCUUCAUAUCCUGAGAAAGUGAUCGUGCCCAAGGGAAUUGGUGACGAUUAUCUGAGAAUUAGCGCCACAUUCCGUGAUGGGUCUCGUUUUCCCGUACUUAGCUACUUCCACAACAGCAGUCAGUCGGCUAUUGUGAGGUGUGGUCAACCGCUUAUUGGUCCUACUAAUCGACGUUGUAAAGAGGAUGAGCAUAUUCUGAACUCACUGCUAGCUCAUAGUCGUGGCACUAUUAUCGAUACACGAGCGAAACACCUGGCUCAGAAUUCAAGGAGUAAAGGUGGUGGCUAUGAAUCGCAAAUGUACUACUCACAGUUUCGAUAUAUGUACUUUCCAAUACCUCGUAUACGUGAAAUUCAACUAGCAUUAGCGAGGAUUGUGGAGCUUUGCAAUGACAAAUUUGUGUCCUGUGACCGAUUUAUGGCUCGACUUGCAAUUUCGUCUUGGUUGCACUGCGUAUCGGAUAGCCUAAACUGUGCUGCCAAUGUUGCACAGUGUGUUCAUCUCAAAGAGGUGCCUGUAAUUGUUCAUGGUGGGGAAGGAACGGACACGACUUUAUUGGCGACAUCACUGGCACAAAUUAUUCUUGACCCAGAUGUAAGGACUAUUCGAGGGUUUCAAUCUUUGAUAGAAAGAGAAUGGAUUUGUGCUGGACAUCCAUUUCAACUGCGAAACGCACACUCGGCAUAUGCUCAAGGUGCAGUGACCGGUUCACAAGAGAGUCCGGUUUUUCUCUGCUUUCUCGAUGCCGUUAAUCAGAUCAUUUCUCAAUAUCCCCUUGCCUUUGAAUUCGAUGAGGAGUUCUUGAUAUUCCUAUUCGAGCACGCUUAUGCGAGUGAAUUUGGCUCGUUUUUGGGCAAUAAUGAGAUGAUGAAAGCAGAGCUCGGUGUUAAAACGUCUACUGUUUCGCUGUGGUCGUACGUCAAUAAUCCUGAAAUACUCCGAUCAUUUGUUAACUCCUCUUAUGAACCUAGAGAAUCAGUGCUUUGGCCGUCUGUUGCACCACAAAGCAUCCAACUAUGGCGGAGGUUGUUCUUCCGAUGGCAGCUUGACUGGACAGAAAACGAUCAAAUGCGGAAGUAUGCUUCGCAGUGGCGAAGUAGAGAGCGCGAACUGAUCUCCCGCGCCCUCUCAUUGAAAAGGCAGUUAGUUGAGCUUACGAAGGAGUCGCUUUUUCUACCUAUAUCGUUGUCUCAACAAUAG